GUUCCUUUAAAAGUGUUGGUAUAUAUGAAGAUUACUCUUCCAAUCUUCUUUGGCUCAGUACUGGCUCAACCUUCCUUUGCCCCAGAGGGAGGUAGUCGUGUUACUAAUGGUACUAAUACCCCACAAGGAACAGCACCAUGGGCUGUUAUUCUAUAUGGUUGGCAAACUAAUUCAGCAUCUUAUAGUCAAUGUACUGGUGCAAUAUUAGAUAACACCACAAUUCUAGUAGCUGCCCAUUGCAUCCAUAAUCCAGAAACAGGUAUUAUAACUCCACCAAGUCAAAUGACUAUUGGCUAUAACUCAGUUAAUGAAUAUAAACAGAAGCAUGUGAAUGUUAGCCAAACAUUUGUGCACCCUCUAUUUAACCUUUGGUCUAUUGAGAAUGAUAUAGGAGUACUUAAACUUGCAUGGGCAAUUACAUUAACUCCAGGGUAUGCUGAGGCACUUACUAUCUAUGAUGGUACUAUUGAUCCACACCAGGCAAUUGAUGUCUAUGGCUGGGGUGUUGAGGAUGCUAAUUCAGAGGACACACCAUCAUAUCUGCAGCAUGGAACUGUUUAUACAGGUAUAAUUGAUGAUUGCCAGGCUGCAAACUCUGACUUUACAGAUAAUAAUGGUGAGCAGAUAUGUAUUGAGUAUAUAUAUAGUCCAGGAGUAGGUACUUGCUAUGGUGAUAGUGGUGGUAGUACUACUAUUAAUAUAAAUGGCAUACCAUAUGGUGCAGGUAUUGUUAGUUAUAAUCAGUAUAUGAGCCUUCCACCUAACCAGUGUGCAACCCCAGGUGACUAUAGCUUCUAUACUCAUACCUUUUAUUACCUCUUAUGGAUUCAGAAAGUUGCAGGAGUAGCAUAUAUAACUGGACCUUAUGGAAAUGGUGUGCUUAAGCCUCCCCCAUCAUCUAGCUCUUCUUCCCCUACACCCACAUCAACUAGUUACUGCCUAUUCUUUAUUUGUUUUUAGUUAUACCCAGUGGUAGUAUUUAUAGCAAUUACCUCUUAUUAUGAAAAAUGAUAGUAGAUUAUUAGCAACUAGCUGAUGCAAUAAAUUCGC